AUGGCCGAAAUGAGGAUCGGCGUGGCGAAUGGAGGUGGUAUGCCCAUGAACGGCGUGAGCGCUGUGGGUACUGGAGCUACCGGCCAAGCUGCAGCUCAGGCACCACUACAAGCGGCUCCCGCGGCUGGAGCAGCUGGUGCGAUCGCAGAAGCUGUCGAAGCUGGAGUUGCUCCCCAGGCUGGACAAGCUGUACCUGCUGCAGGACCACAAGCUCCAGUCUCUGCGCCCGGUCCGGGGACCUGGCAGCCCGCCGCUCCCGCUGCUCCGGUGGCACCAGCACCAGUGCAGCCCGUUCAGCCUGCCGCUGGCGCUCAACAACCCCAAGCCGCACCGUACAACCCCCCUCCCUCAGUAGCGGCUGCGCCGCUCUCCCUCCCUGCCACCUACGGCUCCUCCGACGCCUAUAAUCCCCUCACCUCGCCAGAUUCCUCCACAUCCACCUCGCUAUCUUCGGGAUCAAAAGCCGCCAUUGCUGUUCCCCUCGUUAUCGUAGCUCUGGCAAUCCUCGCACUGGGCGGUGUAGUUUGGUACAAGAGGCACCCGAGGAAUGGUGCAGGGAUCUCGAGGAGGAGGAGCUAUGGGGAGAAGGAUGAUAUGUCGCUUUCGGAGAAGGCUAUGAUUCCGGGCUAUGGGCGGAAGCCGAGUCGCUCGACCAGUAUCCGCUCUUUAGCCAGCACGGUCAUUGGCUCUUCUCGCGGCGUGACGGUCGUCCCACAUAUCGACGUCCCGGAUCUUGCUCGGCCAGCCCCAUCGGUCGCUCCAUCUAUCGCCUCAAUUCGGCGGCCGACUGCCAUGAACCUCACCAAACCUCUCCCGCCCAUUUCAGAGUACGGGAGCAAUAGCUCUGGUAGCUCUGCGCGCACCCGCUCCACCGUCCCUGUCAUAGCGGCCGCCACUGUCGCACGGCGUGCGGACGCUCAAUACCUCCAUUCUCCCUCGUCUCCCCGGCCUCGGUCCGGUCCCGAGACCAUCGUGGAGGAAGGAUCGGUCCGCUCAGAGGAGGACGGGGAGAGCGAGAUGUCAACGGCAUAUACGACUGCUCCAAACUCGCCUCGGGCGCGGAUGCGGGCCAGCCAGAACAAAGGGUACUUUGCCACCUCCCGUCUCUCCACCUUGAGCAUCGGCGGUAUCUCCAUCAACCGCUCCUCCCCUCCUGCAGCUUCCGUCUACUCGACCCACUCUGCCCCUCUUCCCCGAUCAAAGCGGUCCGGUCCGUCCCGCCGACCCAUCCCUCAACACGUGUACUCCUACGCUCAAUCCCUCCCCAACUCCAUCGCUCGCGUAGCGCCCGUCUCCUCCGCUCGGCGCUCACCCGCUCUCGCACCAGCUCUCGCUCACAGCCCGCAGUCCUCCUGCGAAUCGGAGUCUCUGCCGGAGAUGGUUGACUUCCCUCCCGAUCACCCCUUCGCCAGGAAGUAUGGCGCCUCGCACACCUCGCAUUCGUCCUCGAGGUCAAAGCACAUCAAGCUCCAGGCGUACGAGACCGAGGACGCCGAGUCGAUGGUCCGGUCCAUCACGGAACGGACCGAGUUGACGCUUCCGUGGGGAUUCGCCGAGGCAAAGAAGGCAAAGGUCGACGACGGGGUCAAGCCCCUGAGGCAGGAGACAAAGGAGUCGGGGGUGAAGCUGUUCAGAGAGGAGACGCGCAAGGGGGCGGACUGGGCCAGGGAGAGGCAGCUAUAA